GGUCCAACAGGCAGGCCAGCUGCGGGGGUCAAAGAAUUCUUCUGCUAUUUCAAAAACGACAGGGCCCGAUGAUUUGAGGCGCAUGCCACUGGGAACAGCCACAGGCUUUCGAGAUUCCGAUCGGCCUCUUGCAUAAAACUCAGUCAUGGAUCGCUUGAGACUUCCGUACUUUCUUCGAACGUCCCCAGAACUCUGUCUUUGGUCGCCAGUCACUUCAUAGGACAACCGGACGACGAGCCUUGCAAAGGCAUACCCCAUCUUUCAUUUCCCUUUACCACCGCCAGUCAGCCAAGCCAUGUCGGCCGCGGAGGUCGCAGCGCUCGAGCACAUUGUGAAGGUUGCGCAGAUUUACGUUGCCUCCACAACAUCCGUGCUGGUCUGGGACUGGCUUGUAUGUCUACCGAAAGAGUGGAAGUACGUCUGGAAGGCGGAAUGGUCAAUCAUCAAGGUUUUAUACUUGAUGGUGCGGUACUAUACGUUCGUGGUCCUCGUAGUGACAGAUCCAUGGUUCUUUGCCGACUGGUCAGAAGAGUCGUGCGCCAAACAUCUCCGUAUUCUACCCGGAAUAGCCGUACUUAUUGACGUGUGUGUGGAGCUAGUUCUGGCCCUACGAGUAUACGCACUAUACAACCGCAAUAGACAAGUACUGAUCUUUCUCAUACUCAUGAUGGCUGGCUUUACGGGCGUAAUGAUUGCUGUUCCUAUCCUGGCAUUCGAUUAUACAAAAUUGCCCUCUUGGCCAGGUCCUUGCCUCGUCACCGGAAAGGCGUCUAUCGCAGGUCCAAAGUUCAUUAUCGCCUUCUAUGCAUCCCCUAUGGCUGUCGACUUUGUCCUGACUACGAUGACGCUCUACCGAGGUCUCAAACACAAGGCAGCGGGCUCGUCUUCGACCUUGAUUGACGUCUUCAUCAAAGACGGUGUUUUCUACUUCGUCGCCAUCUCGUCACUCAACCUGAUCAAUGUCAUUUUCUUCGUACAAUCUAAUGAGCUCAUCCAAUCCAUCAAUGCGCCGAUGAGUAUUCAACUUUCAACGGUCCUUUCCUGUCGCUUGAUUCUCAACCUUCGUUCUGCACGAGACCGUGCACCGCGCCUUAACAAGUUCAGCAACACCCUUGGUCGCUGGGUCGCCGAUUUCCAGCCGGAGACCACGGAUGAACAGCCCUCAAUCGCUCUUUCGUCGAGGCAAAAUGAGAGAUCGGCUGCGAGUGUACCAAAGAAGGACGUCGACCCGCCUACCGUCACCAAUGGUAUCGUCGUCCGUUGGGAGCAAGAAGUCAACUAUGCAGACAAAUGGGAUAGAAAGAGUGACGACCCAGAGCUUGGUCCGGAGCCCGACUCUGUUAGACGACGACCUUGAAGAUGUGCAUGACCGCUAACGGAUGGACUUUCCCCGCUCUUCCCACUUCUCCGCUCAUUAUCACAGGUCGCGCCGCCAUUAAUCUGCAUAUAGACUGCUCACACAUUCCUCACCCACCCAUCACGGUAUCGCACUCUCUCUACCUGAUAAAAAGCCCGUCGCUAGAAGCUGUUGCUCUGGUACGACCGCUAUUUGCUCUGCUUACAGCCCGCCGGUCGUGGACUGUCCUUUCUCCCCUCCGCCUGUCUGCUAGCAGUAGUAGUCAGUCGUAGCAUAGUGUAUACCCAUCAUUUACGACGUUUAAUGGUAUUUACCCCG